AUGACGCAUGGCCAUGGCGUCGAUUGGUUGGGACAUGCCCCAUGGGGACUACGAAAACUGUUACAAUGGAUGAAAGAAGAGUACAGCAAUCCAGUCAUUUAUAUCACCGAGAACGGGGUGCCUAAACGCAGUGAUACACAAGCAAUGUUAAACGACACCUGGCGCUCUAUGUAUUACUUGUCAAAUAUCAACAAACACUCAAAGAAAUUAGACGGCGUCAACGUUGAUGGUUAUUUUGCGUGGUCGUUGCUUGAUAACUUCGAAUGGACAGAUGGAUAUGCUGCUCGAUUUGGUCUGCACUUCCUAAACUUUGAUGACCCCGGCAGACUGCGACAGCAAAGGGAAUCCGCCAAGGUAUAUGCAGAAAUAACACACAACAACGGAUUUCCGGUAGAGAACUGA